AUGUCCAGGAAGUUUAUCUACUUGGAGAACGUGAAGAGCAUUCUGUCCAAGCAGAACGACAUGAAGGACCUCAUGUACUUCCUGAUCAAGGCUUGUUGUUCCCGUGGUCUCACGUUGAGUUGGACCAGUGUGGCCUUGGAGAACGUCGGAUUGCCAGCGCAACGGAGGAGGACCUUCUUCUUUGCUGUGGUCAAAGGCUGCAGGCUCUUCCAGGAGCUGGAGUUUCGCCCCAUCAAUACCUUUUUUCAGGAACCUUUCAACCCACGGAACUCGCUGCCAUUGCACCAAUGUCUCACCGUGGAGAAGCCAACAGAUCAGGACAACGAGAGAUUGAAAAUCCUCGGCAAUGUUGUUGUGCCUGCUUGCGCCGAUUUGGCAAGCGCCAUUUUGCAUUGUGUGGUGAGGCAGGGGCAAGGCCAGGUAUAUGUUAGUUUGUAGGUGGCCGUUCGGUG